UUAAAAAAGACCUGCAACACACUGCAAAUUUAGCUUGUGACCAGCUGGGCAUCUAUAACAUAAACAAAAAAAGCUAAAUUAAUAUCUAAUCAUUUGUAAUGUCUUACUAUCCACUCAGUGCAUGCGAGAUCUUUGUAAAGAGGAAGACUACACUUUUUUAAACAGUCUUGGAAAGCAGGAUAAGAGUCCGGAGAGCACAUGUCUGGAGAGUGAGUGUCAGGAAAAGCAAGAAGAAAGGAUUCGCCGUCGACUGGAGCGAGAGCAGCUGGAACAAGAAAAGCAACGUGAGAUUGAGGAACAGCAGAAGGAGAAAGAAGAGCAGUGGAAAAGUCAUGUGGCCGAGCUGGCGGUCCAACGCAAGGCCAUCCGUGCAAAACUAGACCGACUACGAGAAUUUAGGGACUUUCAGAAGCAAGUUGUGCUUCAGGAUUUGGGUGUGGACCCUGCUUCUGCAAACGAGACUGUCAAGCACCUUCUGAUGCGACUGUAACUGUGUUUACUAUUAAAUGGAUGAACUCCAAACUGUUCAAAUACUUAAAAUGCUAACAGAGCUUUAUAUGAUAUAUUACAGGUGUGUGGUCGGAUAACUUCUGAAGACGUGUUAAUAUUAGACAAUUAGCGAAAAAGCAUGUAACUUAAGUGAAAUCAUAUCUCUACCUCUUCUUCGAGCUCAAAGACACUAACCGAGUGAGUUACGGCUCAUUUGAUGUUCAAAAUGAUUAAAUAACAAGCUCGCUGACUGUGUGGCAAAUAAAUCACAGCUAACGACGUAAUGUGUGUCACAUGUCCGAUGUUUCACUGUAAUAUUGCAGCAUAUGAGUAUAAAUGGACAAUAAAUCGCAUGACUCUGCGGUGAGGAGGGAAAGAGCAAGAGCAAGACAAACAGAGGAGCUCAGAUUCAAAAGAGAACAAGAACCAAUUAAUUCUCAUGUCUUUCAGAGUCUUUUAUGCAUCUUUGGUGAUCUCUGGCACAAAAGAUGAGAAUAGAGAAUGCAAAAGAAAGGAUGGAAGAGAAAGAAACAGGUGGUUCCUGUGGUACAGGUCUAGCAUUAAGGUAGAAGAACACAGCAGAAUCAUGUUACAGCAUGUCUGACCCCUGAGGGCAGGAAAAUGCCACAGUCUCCAGUGUCACACAUCCUCACAUCCCAGAAUUCCUUUCUGCACGCUGCGGCUCUACAUCACCUCCAUGUGCACUGUUGUGUUUAUUUCAUGGCAGACACACUGAGUAUGUGUAGCUGUGCUGUACAGCUUUGAUUUAUUCUACACCCUCAAUAUGCACUGCAGAACACAUUUCAGUGAAAUGCUACCUUACGACAUGCUAGAGUCUUUUCCAAAACAAGUGUUCCAGUAAAUAGUUCUAGGCAAUUCAUCCCACCAUACUGAAGCAUUCCAUCUGGAAUCAAACAGUAAUUUUCCCUCUAGCAUUCCCACACACCUCUUCAGAUUCCAAUUCAUUUAGCACAUUAAAUGUUUCUAAGCAAUUUUGGGUCAUUCAACACUCAAUUUUGUUCUUUUCUCAUUUUGAGCAUUUCUGGGCCAUGACCCUUCAUUCUCAUAACCGUACAAGGUUUUUCGGUGGUCAAAGUAGAGCACUAGUGCUAUGUUAGGGCUACUAGGGCUGUCUUUGGUAUAUAUACUGUGCACAUUAUGCCAGUUUUCAGUAUGCAUGAAAUACCUAAAUUUAAAAUUUGCAAUAUACACCAAUCAGGCAUAACAUUAUGACCACCUUCCUAAUCCUGUUGGUCCCACUUCUGGCACCAAGAUGUUAGCAGCAGAUCCUUUAAAUCCUGUAAGUUGGAUCGGACUUGUUUGCUCAGCACAUCCCACAGAUGCUCGAUUGGAUUGAGAUCUGGGGAAUUUGGAGGCAAAGUCAACACUUCAAACUCAUUGUUGUGCUCCUCAAACCAUUCCUGAACCAUUUUUGCUUUGUGGCAGGGCGCAUUAUCCUGCUGAAAGAGGAUAUACCGAAUACCGUUUCCAUGAAAGGGUAUACAUGGUCUGCAACAAUGCUUAGGUAGGUGGUACGUGUCAAAGUAACAUCUCAUGUGGAUGGCAGGACCCAAGGUUUCCCAGCAGAACUUUGCCCAAAGCAUCACACUGCCUCCGCCGGCUUGCCUUCUUCCCAUAGUGCAUCCUGGUGCCAUGUGUUCCCCAGGUAAGCGACGCACACGCACCCGGCCGUCCACGUGAUGUAAAAGAAAAUGUGAUUCAUCACACCAGGCCACCUUCUUCCA